AUGGAUGUCAUCGGGACGAUCACUUCAGUUAUCGAACUCUUCUCAGUUGCCAAAGGUCUGUUCGAUAGGUAUCAGGACGCGCCCAGGGCGGUACUUGAACUCAAAUCCGACUGCGAAUGGACCCGCCGGUUGUGUUGCGGUUUGAAGGAUGAGAUCCUGAAAGACCCGGAUAUCCUACAGGAUGGUGUAACUGACGACCCUCUUAUGUGGUGCUUUCGAAGGGCCAUGAGGGACAUCACAAAUACCAUUAGGAAAAUCGAGAGAGAACUCGACAAGGUCGAUAGCAGACGAAUCUCACGCCAGAAUACUUCUAUGGGUAGAAGAGACAGGGCUAGAUUCAUUUGGAGGGAGGACCAGUUCAGAGACGCCUCACAAAAUGUCAGGAACCAGAGAGACAUGAUCAGUUCCACGAUCGCGGGACUACAGUUACGUCAAUCCCAGAAAGUCCUAACUCUGAUGAGGAGUGUUCAACCACCAGCUCCAACGCCUACUCAUUACAUUGAGCCGGAGCCGGUACCGACUCAUUUAGUCGAUCCGGAUAUACCACAAUCCGUUCUUGCAGAGAUCAUUUCUAACUUAAUCCCCCAACCAAACCUGGGGCUCGGGGACGCUGGUGUCGAGGAAAGGGAUGAAAGCUUCGCCGCGGAUCUUCACAAUGCAGUCAAUAGUGGCCAAGUCGCAAAUCUUCACGCCGUUCUAGCCCGGAAUGGUCCUAUUGACACUAAACUCAACGCGGAUGGUGAUCGAGCUUUGCACAUCGCCGCCCGAAAUGGCUAUUCACUGAUCUUGGGCAGGCUCCUGGCCGCCGGAGCCGACGUCGACGUCCAAAACGAUGCGUUGUGCACCCCGCUCAUUUCCGCUCUAUCGAGACGUCAGAUAGAAGCAGCGAUGACAUUACUAUUCGAGGAUGCUGACUGGAAGCAUGAGAACGCCAACGACCUGACAGCGUUGCACCUGGCAGCCCGUGGUUCUAUAAGACUUGUCAUCGAGUAUCUGCUGGAGAAAGGAGCAGACCCCAACCUCCAAGACGACCAGGGCCAAACGCCUCUCUUUUUAGCCUGUCGUCCCUCGGAUGAGGAUGGAAACCUUCUUCCAAUGGACGGGGAAAUCAUCCGUCUUCUGAUUCACCACGGCGCUGAUCCGACGAUUACGACUAGAGGCGUUGGGUUUACCCCCAUGCACAUACUGGCCAGAGACGGCUAUGCAAAGGAACUCGAGCUUGUGGCUACAGUGACGGCUUCGUACGACAUCAGGGCAGGUGGCAUGUAUUACACGCCUCUAGAACUCGCGAUCACUUCCAGCCACCUGGAUGUGGUCGAAAGUCUGAUCAAGCUCAAGGCCAACGUCAACACGCGGCGUGUGACGGGAGACAGUGUGCAGACGCCCCUGUGGUAUGCAACUCUGUGCAAUAACCCGGAGAUUACGACCAAGCUGCUAGAAGCCAGCGCCGAUCCAAACGUGAAACUGCGGGACGGCAUGACUGUUCUUCACUUUGCGACGGAGAAGAAGCGCGCUGAUAUCGUCAAGACUUUGGUUACCGACUCGGAUUUUGACAGAAUGAGUCCUGGCAGCAGCAGCGAUGGCUUCCUUCACGGCCACAGUCGUUACCAGGGCGAAGAUACCCGCCCCACGAGCCAGAAGGAGCUCUCUGGAUGGUAUGCCUACGCCUUCGCUGCCGAGACCUAUGUAAUCUGCGCAAUUGGCUCAUUCAUUCCCAUUCUUCUCGAAACUCUCGCGCGCGAAAAUGGCGUUCUCCUGUCCGAUCGGACGACCCCGUGUGGUACGAGCGACUCGAAGAACAAGGCAGAUGGACAGUGCACCGUGUACGUUCUCGGCAUGGAGAUCAACACGGCCAGCUUCGCCAUGUACACGUUCUCCAUCAGCGUGCUGGUCCAGGCACUGCUGGUCGUGAGCAUUAGCAGCGCCGCCGACCACGGCGACUCUAGAAAGAAGCUCCUCCUCACCUUCGCAUGGGUUGGCAGUUUCUCCGUCAUGGCCUACAUCUUUGUGAGCAAAAGUACAUACCUGCUUGGUGCGCUACUGGCCAUCAUUUCCAACGCAUCAUUCGGAGCCUCUUUUGUGCUUCUGAACUCAUUCCUACCGCUUCUGGUUCGCUACCAUCCGGAGGUGCUAGCAUCUGAGACGGUUCACACGCCGGAUCUCGCGCAUUCGGACAUGGAGUCUCAGCCAAUGAACGGAACCCCUAUCGACGAGGACUCGGCUGUUGGCGACAUGGAAGAUUCCACCUCGGCCUUGCUUGGUGAGAACGCCCCUCUUGGCCACACGUUGGUCAGGAAAGCUACCCAUGAGGAGAUCACAUCAGUGGAGCUCCAACUGUCGACUCAAAUCUCCUCGAAGGGUAUCGGUACCGGAUACAUCGCCGGACUCUUCGUUCAAUGCGCUGCCAUCGCCAUCUUGAUUGCGAUGAAGAAUUCCACGUGGUCGCAGAGGGUUGUACUCUUCGUGGUGGGCGCUUGGUGGACGCUCUUUACCAUCCCAGCUGCCAUGUGGCUCCGCCCGAGGCCUGGCCCACCCAUGCCCGUUCAGUCGGGAAAGGGACGCGGAGUCCGCGCGUGGUUGAGCUACACCAAGAAUGCUUGGAAGUCUCUAUUCAGAACAGUCAAGGUUGCGCGCCGCCUUCGAGAUAUUAUGCUCUAUCUUUGUGCAUGGUUCUUUCUUUCUGAUUCGGUCGCGACAACUUCCUCGACGGCAAUUCUCUUCGCGAAAACGCAGCUUCACAUGAAGCCAUGGGCGUUAGGAAUGAUCAACGUCAUCUCGACCACAUUUGGUGUUAUUGGAGCUUUCGGCUGGGCUUUCGUAUCUCACAAGCUCAACUUGAGACCCCACCAGACAAUUCUCGUCUGCAUCCUUCUUUUCGAGCUUAUUCCCAUCUAUGGAUUGCUCGGAUACCUUCCGUUUGUACGCAACUGGGGUGUGGGGGGAUUACAACAACCUUGGGAGAUGUACCCCCUCGCUGCGGUUUACGGCUUGGUGCUAGCCGGCAUUUCAUCCUUUUGCAGAUCGCUUUACGGAGAGCUCAUUCCUCCCGGGUCAGAGGCUGCUUUUUACGCGCUCUACGCUAUUACCGAUAAGGGCUCGAGUGUGUUUGGACCGGCUAUUGUAGGGGCCAUUAUCGACAAGUCUGGCGAUAUACGACCCGCCUUUUGGUUCCUGGCGGCUUUAGUAGCCAUUCCCGCACCUCUUAUUUGGAGCGUCAACGUGGAAAGAGGCAAGCGCGAGGGAGAAAAGCUGGCGGAAACGAUCGAGGGUUUUGAGAGCCAGCGGCAAGAAAAGAAGACGACCAUGGAUAUGACCGGACCAGGCGAUGAGGGAAUUUGGGCACAGUUGCAUAGCAUGGCGUUCAAAGAGUUACGUUACUGA